GAAGGCUCCGUUAGCCGCUAUCAUUGAGCAAGUUCCCAAGUAGAUCAAGGCCGUAUGCAGAACGGCAUCGUGUUUUCGAACUUCUGAGUAAUUAGGUGAAGCUUCUGCAGUGGUUAUUUCGUCCGCUUGCUCGUCGUUAGUUGCAGCGUACCUCAUAGCUCGAGCAGAUCAAGAUCAUGGUGGAUGCUAGGGCGUUAGCAACUGCUGCAGUAGAACCGCUGCUUUUCCCCCUUCCUAUCCGUUCCGCUCCUUCUCCGCGCGUGUCCCGCCGUCGUGGCGAUGGGCAAUGGCUGUGGAAAGGGAUCGGGGGGUUUGCGGUGCUGCUGCUCUUCUACGCGCCGUUGCUGGAGUUGAGUCGCCGCCUCACCUUCACCACGCGGAUAGCCCCCAAGCCCGCUGCCACUACGCCGCUCGACCAGUUUUCGGAGGAGCGCGCCAUGGCGCACGUCGUGCGCCUAGCGUCCGACAUCGGCAUCCGGCAGGAAGGCAGCGCGGGCUUGGAUCUGAGCAGAGAGUACAUUCUCGAGGAGGUCCGCCGACUGAAGGCCAAGGCGUCGCCGCGACUAAGGUUCGAGAUCGACGACAGCCGCGUGAGCGGGUCGUUCCACAUGAACUUCCUCUUCCGCAGCCUCACCCUUGCCUACCAAAACCUCUCAAACGUCGUCGUCAGGGUAUCGGACGCAUCGCGGCCAGUGGACGCGUCGCCGUCGAUUCUCCUCAACGCGCACUACGACUCGCCGCUCGGCUCGCCGGGCGCCGCUGACUGCGCCUCGUGCGUCGCGACGCUGCUGGAAGCCCUGCGCGCGGUGGCGGAGGGCGGCAAGGUGCCGCGCGCGCCCGUGAUCUUCCUCUUCAACGGCGCGGAGGAGGUCUUCCUCAAGGGCGUUCACGGGUUCGUGUCGAAGCACCCGUGGAGCGAGUCCGUGGGCGCCUUCAUCAACUUCGAGUCCGCCGGCUCCGCGCUGCCAGACCUGGUGAUUCAGAGCGGCCCCGUGAUGUGGCCCAACCGCGUGUACGCGGAGACCGCCGUGCACCCCUCCGCCACCGUCAUCACGCAGGACUUCUUCCCGCACGUGCCCGGGGACACGGACUUCCGCAUUGUGUCCAAGGACUUCGACGACGUGCCGGGCAUGGACCUCAUGAUGGUGCUGCGCGGCUACUUCUACCACACGCCAUACGACAUCGCCGAUAACAUCAUGCCCGGCGUGCUGCAGAUGCGGGGCGAGAACCUGCUGCCGCUGCUGGACGGGCUGGCAGCGGCGCCAGAGCUCAAGACGCGGCAGGGCAGGCGGCAGGCGGCGGCCAAGGGCGAGUCGAACGAGGACCAGGUGCCCGUCUUCUUCGACCUCUUCAACCAAGUCAUCGUAUUCUACCCGCGGCACAUGGCGGUGGCCAGCAACGUGGCUCUGCUCGGUGCGCUCUACCUCGUGCCCUUCCUUGCCUCGCCCGCGGCCUCCGGCUACGCCACCGCCACACAGCGUUGCUCCGCGCUCGCCUCAGCCGCCGUGGCCCAGGCGCUGACGUGGUUCAUGGCGUUCCUCGUGCCCGUGCUCGUCGCUGUUGGCAGGAUUGCGCUCUCAGGCAAACCCCUCGCCUGGUAUUCGCACCCGAACACAGCGUUUGUCAUGUUUGUGCCGGCAGCCAUCAUCGGCACGCUGUUGCCGCACGUCAGCAGGGCGGGCGGCUCCUGGUCCAAGCCAGCCGUGCUCUCACACGACCAGGAGGUGGCCUUCUGCUGGUCGGCGCACUGGGGAGGACUCAUCUACUUUGUCACGCUGGCCAUGAUUGUGACCAUGUGUGGAGGAGGGGGCGGCUACAUCGGAGUGUGGUGGUCGCUGAGUCUGCUGCCGUCUCUCUUCAUAUACAACAAGCUGCAGAAGACUUUUGGCCACUCGAACCCCAUUGCGCUGCUGGGCUACAUGCUACCAGCGGCGGUGCCGUGCGCAUACUGCAUCAACUUUUCCGCGUUCUACACCUUCUUCAUGGCCGAGAAGAUGGGCGCCAGUGGCGCCGCGCCCUUGCCAUGGGGUCUGUUCGUGCCGGACAUAGUGCUGGCGUGUUUCAUCGGCAUUGCCGUGUGCAUCAUAGUGGCACCCUUCGCGCCCAUCCUGUCGCGCUGGAUCGCGCGGCCUGCCUUCCUGCGCGCGCUGCUGCUCAUCAGCGUGGUGGCAGCAGCGCACAUCUGCACGCUCUUCCCCUACUCCACACACGCGCCCAAGAGAGUCGUCAUGCAGCGCGUCUACACCACACACGGCGCCAUGGACGGCGCACACCCCCCUGUGACACGUGCGGAGACGACAAUAGCGACGGCGGACUGCAACGAUGCUGCGUUCCUGCUGGCCACCAUCCCUGGGCUGCAGGCCGCGCUCGCACAGCCAGGCAACCACUCCGUCAUGGCGCUCGCCAGCAAGGCCAAUCUCAGGGCGCUGUACCCCAUAUCGGACCUCAUAGACCGCUCCUUCACCUUCCCCGCGCCGCCCUCCCCGCGCCUGUCCAAGCCGGGGUUCCGCUUCCCCACGCUCCAGGUCAUCAACGACACCACCACCCUCCCCGCCGCCCCUCCCCACUCCACCUCCCUGCCUCUCGCCCCCAACGGCACUACGCUACCUCAGGCGCGGCGUCGCUUGCACCUGGAGCUGCAUGCAGGGUCGCUGGAGCAGGUGUGGGCGUCGGUGCUCAACAUCACUGGCCCUGUCACCGCCUGGUCCCUCACGCCCACUCUGCCUCCCCGAGAGGUGUCGAGAGGAGGCCCGCCUUCCCUCAUGGUACAUUACAAUGGCGGAGGGCCCGGCUUCAAAUGGCAAUUCUGGGUGGAGCUGGUGGCGGGGCAGCAGCUGAACGUGGAGCUGGCAGUGCUGGACCAAGUAGUGGACGGCGAUGUCUCUCGCAUCGCUGCCGUCUUCCCUCCAUGGGUUGCACUAACAGCCUCCUCCUCUUACAUCUCGUACCACUCCUUGUAGGCAACACAUGCCUGCAAUUUUGACACCAAGUGCCUCCAUAGAACCAAACACGUACUGUGUACGCUGUUCAGUAUGGUAGGUUACGAAGGAAUUCAUGUAGAACCACUACUACACUGCCUGAGCUACAACAGGGGCUAAAGGAAGCAAGUAGGAAUCCUAGUGUAGGAUGUACGGGAGUGCACGAUGAGACUCAGUUGUGUUGCCUUGCUGCUUGCUGUGAGAUGUCGGCCAUAUAGGUUUGCUAGAGUGCCCCACUUCCCUAGCAAAACGCCAUGUAUAAAUUUGCUUGAUGGAGAGGAUU